CAAAUAUGGAAAGUACUUCAAUAUAAAUCGUUCAACAUUUGCUUGGUUUGUAUAAUAAGUGAAAGUCACAAGAGGUAAAAGGAGUGUAUAUUUAAAUAAUAUACGCUUACUGAAACGAAAGAAGUGGAUAAAAAUUUUGCAGUAGAAGAGAGAUAUACAAAAGAAAGAAGAAAGAUAGAAAAGAAAGAAAAUAGAGAAACUGCAGGAAGAGGAUUCUGUAUGUACAUCUUUUGUAUAACAAACACAGAAUUUUGAAGAAAUAAAUGUAUAAGGAGAUCAUUAAAAAUUAAUAGAACUAUAAAGAAAAAAUGGGAGGAUGUGCGAAAUGCAUGCUCUGCUUCCUUAAAUGUAUAGCAGUUAUUCUUUUGAUACCGGUAUUCCUAGUACUAGCUGUUGCUGCCGUUGUCGUUUGGAUUGUCACUGCGCCGCUAAAGUGCUGUUGCCCUUGUUGCGCCCCCUGCCUUACGCUCAUAACAGAAUUUCUUAUCUUUAUUGCUAAGCUACCAUGGAAAAUGUUGCAAUGGAUUAUUGGCAAAGAGGAAAAAUCUGAAGAUACAACUGGACUUGAUGAGAAAAAGAAAAAAGAUUAUGGUACAAAAGAAGAGACUGAUGUUGAAGCUUCGGAACCAUAAUAUUUACAUUAUAUUUAUUAUUAAUAGAAAAAAGUGACAUAUGUCACGUGUCCUUGUCUCUUGGUUAUUAUUUCAAUUUAAACCGAAAGUAAUAACAGGAAAGAGUUAUUACUCGUUUAAUAUUUUCUGGCAGUCUCUUUUUUUUGUCUCUUUCUUUUUAUCUAUCUCCCACAUGGACGAAAUUUAGUAGUACCCCUUUUUUAAACUUCAAUACAGAUUCGGUGGAAGGUGAUCAAUCGUAAUACAAUAAUAUUUAAGAUUUUUGAACCCUUAUUUUAAAAUUGAAAUCGUAGAGAAAGCGCAAGCGUGAUUGAUUGACUUUGGAGAGGUAAACAUAUGGUACAAACUAUUCAACAUCAAAAGGCAAAAAUCUGGUUCAAUAUACUUUUUUAAUACAUAAUAAGAGAUAUUUCAAAAAUUAGUCUAAGAGUCAAACGUAGAUGUCAUUUAACUGACCAUAGGUCACUAGAAUGUCAUUAAAGUGAUUUACAACGGCAAUAUUUAUGAUGAUGAAAAUUUAUGAAUGUCAAAUAUAAGUUAGAUCGUACAAAAUAUCAGACAAAAAAAAGCACUUAAUUUAAG